AUGGCAUCCGAUCCUUCUGCGCAACGUCCGGUCAACGUUCUAUUCGUCUGCCUAGGCAACAUCUGCCGGUCCACAAUGGCAGAGGGAGUCUUUCGCAAUGUUGCCCAGACCCACGAUCUUAUUGGCAAGAUCGAUUCGGCAGGAACCGCGGCCUAUCACGCCGGAGAGGGUCCGGAUAGCCGAACCAUGGCCACCCUGCGCCGCCACGGAAUCACGGGGUACAGGCAUGCGGCGCGCAGAGUCACAAAGGAGGAUUUCGUGAAAUUCGACUAUGUUCUGGGGAUGGACCAGUCCAAUCUGCAGGAUCUGCUAGAAGUACGAGACUCGGUGGUUGCGGGAUUGCGCCGCAAAGCAGCCACGUCGGGCGAUGACGUUCAGGUCGCCGAAGUUCGACUUUUUGGUGACUUUGGAAAGGGCGGGAAACUGCAUGCUCGAGUCGGCGGGGGUGAAGUGGUGGAUGAUCCCUACUACGGUGGCGCCAAUGGGUUCGAGGAAGUCUAUAAGCAGGUUGUACGCUUUUCGGAAAGCUUCCUCGAGUACCUGGAGAGCCGCAAGAGCUAG